AACAUAGUGCGCUCUGAAGGAAUCUGCUAUUUCGUUUUCGCCUCUGAUUGGAUUAGCUUGCUGUCAGUCAAUCUUAGUACCGCCCCUGUAAUGGCAGCAGGGUUGUAUCUACUGUAAAUAAUCGAUGAGGAAGAUCAUCUUUCUGUAUUAAGCAUAAUGUUGACUUUAUGAAUCAUCCACACUAACAUAUGCAGCCUACCAUGAGUACAGUGGGAGAAAAUCAGCUGCAGAGAAUAAUCAGAGAUCUGCAUGAUGCAGUUUCUGAGUUGAGCAAAGAACAUUGUGAUACUGGCGAACCCAUCACCGAUGACAGCUCCAGCCUUCACAAGUUCUGCUAUAAACUGGAGUACCUACUGCAGUUUGACCAGAAAGAGAGGACUACAUUUCUGGGCAGCAGGAAAGACUACUGGGACUAUUUCUGUGACUGCUUGGCCAAGAUUAAAGGAGCUAAUGACGGCAUUCGCUUUGUCAAAUCAAUCCCCGAGCUGAAGACAUCAUUAGGGAAAGGACGGGCUUUCAUUCGCUACUGUCUGGCGCACCAAAGGCUGGCAGACACUCUUCAGCAAUGUCUUAUGAACUACAAAACCACAUGUGAAUGGUAUUAUGAACGCAGUCCCUUCCUGAAGUCCCAUCUGAACAUUGAUAUCAUCAACCACCUGUAUGAACUCAAUGAGGUCCAGUUUGAUGUAGCAUCCCGAGGUCAUGACCUUGACUCUGACUGGCCCACUUUUGCAAGAAAGACUCUGGGAUCAGCUUUCUCACCUGCUCAUGUGUGGAAACCACCCAGUCGCUGCUCUAGUGUCAACAGUUUGGUUAGCAGUUAUUCGCAGCAAGCUCAAGAGUUUCUUCCAGGCCAAGAUUGUGGCUCUAGUCUUCUAGGUGAUCUCGGGGAAUUAGGUGAGUUGUCCUGUAGUGCUUCUGAGGACCUGCACAUUGAGCUCGACCAGUCAGAGUUGAGACAACAAGAGCUCCAAGAGAAGAUCAGGCAACUCACCAGUGAAGCAGCUGAUCUAAACGCUGUGGUCAAAGACCUACAGGGGCAACUCUUGGCUCAAGGUCCUAAUCAAGAGAAAGAAGAAGAUCAGGAGGUAGUGAAAGCUGUUAGAGAGUACACAGAUCGCCUCCAUACCACCACACAGGGACUGGAGGCUCCACGGACAUCAGAACGCAACCUAGAAGCCAAACUGAGCAUUGCAGAGAACAGAAACAUGGAGUUGCUAGCAAAACUCGAUGGAGCUCUGAGCGAAAAAGGACAGCAGGCCGCCAACUACUGCGACUCGGCCUGGAAGAUCCAAGAGCUCCUGACCAAGCUAAAGGAGGCAGAGGAAGAGAGGAUUGAGUAUAAACGAGAAAGCGAAGAUCAGGCGAGACUAGCUGAGCAACUUACCCAGGAGCUGAAGCUUCAGGAAGAGAAACUAAAGGAGAUGGAAAACAAACUGGAAACUUGUAGAGUGUCUGCCGUCAAAGAACGAACAACCGCAAUGCAGCAGGCUGAUGAGCUGCAGAUGACCAUCAACCGCCUUCAAGGAGCACUUUCUCUGAAGGAGCGGGAAACAGGGAACCUACGGACUCAGCUGCAGGACAUGCAGAGAGCGCUGGAGACCAGGGACGGUCAACUGGAUGAGCACAAGAAAAGGAUAGAAGAGGAGCUACAACAUAAAAGCAUGUUUGAAGAACAACUAAAUGCAAAGGUGACUGAGUUGUUCUCCGUUGCCCAAAAGAUCCGGCAACUGGAGAAUCUCAACCAGCGUUUGACCUCGGAGAGUCAGAGCUUCCAAACGCAAGCCAAGAAACUGGAAGAGUACAAGAACCAGUGCACAAGUUUAAUGGAGAUCAAUGCCAAGCUGAUCCAAACGGUGAAGAGAAAUGAAGAGAGCAGCAAGGAGUUGGUGCAAGCCAAGAACGCUCUAGAGAGAGAACUGAUUACCACACAGGCCUCUGAGAAGCAACUGAGAAACAGAUUAGAGUCAGCUGGACUGACAGUGGAGAACCAAAAUCUUGAGGAGUGCAUACAGAACGGCCAGGCGAACAGCGAGGAAACCGAAAUCGAACAACUUGCAGAGAAUAGUAUAUUAAGCCUGGGAGAACUAAAUGAGAGACCUGCAGUCCUCCAGGAGAACAAGACGGUGACUUCUAUUCACCUUCGGGAGGCUAAUGAAUCCUCAAGAACUGAUCAUGGAGAAUCCACUUCUAGGUUGGUUCUGGCUGAGGCCCAACUUGAACUCAACAUGAAGGAGGUUUCUAGACUCCAGGAAGAGGUCAUGGAGCUCCGGGCGCAGCUAUUGGUGAGCUCAGAAGAGAAAAUAAAGAUCCAGGCUCUGCAGGAAGUGACGGAAGCUUCCAGAGAAGAUCUCCGGGUUCAGGCGGAGCAACUAAAGUCCCAGGUGGAAGAGCUUAACCGUAGGCAUGUGGAGGAACUGCUGCGUUGCCGAGAAAGAGAGGACGCUCUGGUAAAGGAGAGGGAUGUGGAGGCCCAUGUGCGGGCAGAAAUCCAAACGAACCUGACUGCCGUGAGGGAAGAGCUUCACAUGUUGAAGAAGCAGAAUAGCACGCUUGCACUUGAGAACGGAGAGGCUCGUGAGUCCUUACACAGGGCCAACACUGAGACAGCAGAGCUUGGGGUUCACGUUUGCAUGCUGACGGGACAGAACGAGGAGGCUCAGUUGCGAUGGGAAGAGCUUUCUACCAAACUGCAGGAGCUACAGAUGGAGGCGCAGGAGGAGGUGGAAACUCUAAGUGAUUCGAUGGAGGCCUUGAGAAAAGAUAAUGCAAGUCUCCAAGAGCAGCUAAAGCAGACUGAAGGACUCCCAGAAGCCAUGCAGAAGUUGCAGGAGAGACUUGAACAAGUGGAAGAAGAAGCCAAAAGUGUCCAAGAGAUCCGACAAAGGGAAGUGGACACACUGAGGUCCCAGUUUAACGAUGAAGCUGUGCACAAUCAAAAUCAAGUGCAGGGUCUGAAUGAGGAACUGGAUGCAUUGAGGAAGAGGCUGGAGAAUGAAGUAGAGAAAGCCUCAAGUCUUGAGUCCAAAGUUUUGGAGCUUGAGUCUGUCAACAGUGAUUACAGUCAGAUGAUCGAAAAGAAAAAUGCCCACAUUGAUGAUUCUGAAACUGUAAUUAAUCAGAAAGAGGAACAGAUAAAAAGCCUUAGAGUGGACUUAACAAGAGCUGAGGAGGAACUGGCUCUUACUCAGCAGUCCUGUAAUGAACUGGGUGGAAACUUAAGCAGAAGUGUGAUGGAGAAACAAGCCGUUGAACUGAAGAUGUCUGCUGAGAUAGAUGACCUUUAUCGUACCAAAAAUAAUCUAGAGGAGAGGCUCAUUGAGCUCAUAAGGGACAAAGAUGCUUUAUGGCAGAAGUCUGAUGCACUGGAGUUUGAACAGAAACGGAGGGCUGAGGAACAGACAGACAGAGACGUCACAUACUGUCUGAGCUGCCGCAACCACUUCACCUGGAUUCUGCGCAAACAUAGCUGCAGGUUCUGUGGUCGCCCAUUUUGUUAUUACUGCCUUGUUCAUGAUGCAAGUGUCCACCAGGGCGGCAGCAACAUGCGCUGUUGUAAGGACUGCUUUAAUCAGCGCAGUUCUGGACACGGGGACCUGGGCAGUCCUUUACGUUCAGCCCACAGCCCAAUAUCAAGCCCCACACGAACCAGCACACCUGGUGUCCCAGGGGCACUGAAGUCCCCUCGGCCUGAUGACACAGCAUAUGACAUCAUCACAGAAGAGGAAGUGAACUGUGUCCAUGACAGCGACUCUUUAUACUAUACUGCUGUGCAGCCCUCAGAGACACAACAGCUAAGCAGCAGCGACAUCACCAGCACAGAAGAUUCAGACAAGCUGAUUGGCUCCAUUCAGGAUGCUGAGAUCUGCCUGCUAAAAUCUGGAGAGAUGACGCUGUCUGUGCCGUUCAGUGUGGAGGACGUGGUUCAAUUUGGCGAUAAGUCCAGAGAGCUCUUCAUCAGGUCCAGCUGUUACAGUGUCAUUCUCAUAACCGCUGCACAUCCGGGUCUUACGAUCAGCUGGGUCUUCUCCUCCGAACCCAAGAGUAUCGCCUUCAGCGUGGUCUACAGAGAGAACCUAGAUAUGCCUCCAGAACAGGCCAAGGUUCUGAUCCCUCUGACAAGAUGUAACUCUCAUAAAGAAACAAUUCAGGGUCAGCUGAAGGUCAGGAACUCUGGAGAAUAUACUCUUAUCUUCGACAACUCGUUCUCAAGGUUCCUCUCGAAGAAAGUCCAGUACAAACUGAGUAUAGAGAAGCCAGAGGUCUGCGAUGGAAGUGAUUGUCCUUCAUAGGAAAUAGAAUCACGCACACUUGUGUCUGUACCAGGUCACGGGACGGCUUGUCCAGGAAUAUGGCUGUUUAUCAAGCCCAACUUGUAAUGCUGCUUUCAAUGAUUUAUGUGGUGAAUCUCACAAAACAUGUCUAAAUCCCACAAUCAAAUGAAAGAAAUGAGAAAUUAUAUUUUAUAAUGAAAUAAAGUACAUUUUAAGACAUUAUUUUCUCCAUGAAUCCCUUAUCCUAAGUAUCUAGCUUAAAAAAAAAAUAUAUAAAUAUAUAUAUAUAUAUAUAUAUAUAUAUAUAUAUAUAUAUAUAUAUAUAUAUAGAUAGAUAGAUAGAUAUAGAUAUAUAUAUAUAACUAAACAUCCAUAUGCAUUACAUUAGUGAGAAUUUGAGGGAGAAAUGUGGAUUUGUCAAGAAAAUGUAUGUAUAAAUAAAUAAGUACAUACAUCUUAAUGCUCCCAAGCUUCAUUUUCCUUAUGCAAAAUAAUAGUUUCUUAUUUUUGUUCAUUUGAUUUUGGGGUGAAAUAUGACCUGGACAUAUUGUGAGAUUCACUCUAUGUAAUUCAAAAGCUACAUUCCUCUUAUGAAUGAUUGCUCUUUAUUCAUAACCUUUUAUGAAUGAUUUUAAUGCACUCUUGGCAAACUCUAAUAGCCAGAAUGGUACAAUAUCUCUGACAUACUUAUCAAGGAAAUGGACAGCCAAAAAAAAAAGUACUCCAUGAAGGAAAGCCCCCUGAAAUUUGCUGUGGUCAGUAGAUAGAUGAAGGUUUUUAUGACAUUAUGCACUACAGAAGAGCUUUAAUGCUGUGUUUUUUAAUGAAAUUAGUCGUAUAAAUAUGAAGGAAAUGCUUAUACUUCAUCAGGUUACUCGCAUACAGGGACAUCAAUCUGUUUCUUUAACAUUUUUAUUCCAUCUAUCUAAUAUUCAUAUAAGUCUAACAGAUGCAAAAAAAAUCAGGAAUUUUAAACUGACAUAAAUAGAAAAUAAUUAUAAAUAAUCUAAAGAUAGGAAACUAAUCUAUUUUCUUAUGAGAUUGCAUAGUGUAUCUCAUGAUACGGACAUCGUAGAUCUUUUUCAAAGCUUCAUAAGUCAGCUAUGACUUCUUUGCAGACAUAUAAUCUGUAUUCUGAAGGGACGAGUACACAGUAAUAAGAGGAAACUCCAUUUCCUGGCCGUCUUGGUUUUUUCAACCAAAAAAAUGCUUUUUCAUUCGGCUGACACCAGAGAAAAAUUUAUAAGCAAUAACUCAGUGACUGUUUUUUGCAUAAAUAAGAUUGGCGGUGCAAUAACAGAUAACUCCAGCCUGAAGAAGGUGGACAUUGUAAAUGGCACUUUUUGUAAUGGCUUAAUUUGAAUAAUAAGCAUUGAUUCUUCACUGUUGCACUUUCUGAAUGUGUUUCAGAGGCUGAUGACAGCACUUGAUCAGAGUACUGUAGCAUUCACUUUUUAUGUGCAGUUACUGUAAAGGGUUGUGAUAUAACGGUAAUGUUAUAUUACAACUAGUUUGAAAUGGAGCUGAAUUAAAACUACUUGGUGGCGUGACUCUA